AUGUUCUCACGGUGUGCUCAAAAGUUGCUGUUUCUUAACUUGAAGAGACCUGAAUGCAUUUUGAAAUACACUUCAGAGUUGAACUCCUUUUUGGGUCCUGGUUCGUCUUCAAUGCUGUUGAACAGAUGCUGUUAUGGAACUUAUCGUAAUCGGUAUACACACUUUCAGAAGGCCUUUCCAGGGAAGCCGAAUUAUGCGUACCGUGCUUACUGUAUUGCUCUUGCGGGCCUGUUUAUUUUUUUAUCUGGUGGCGGCAUGGCCUAUUUGGAUGAUACGAUUCGCACCUAUUUCGAACGAAAGCGGAAAGAAAGAAAGACGUCUAAAACACUCAAAGCGGAAUGUCAGUCAGUGGGCAUUGAAGUGGCCGAAGAUUCAGAUGCUAAGGAUAGCAUUUCGAAGAAACAUAUUGGUUUUCGUGAUAGGAAGUUCAUAGCUUACGAAAAUCGAAUUCGAGCUUAUUCUGCACCAGAUAAGAUCUUUCGGUAUUUCGCAACACUGAAAAGUGUAGAUGAAGACAGUGAAACUGUGUACAUGACUCCUGAAGACUUUCUACGUUCCAUCACUCCUGGUAUUAAGCAACCUGAUGGCUUAGACUUGGAUUCAUUCAAGCGGUAUGAUCCGAAGACGGGAAUGGUCUACUUUCAAAAUAAGGCUGAGAAGUUACAUUUAGACAUACCAAAAGAGUCAAUAUUUUAUCGACUUUGUGAUCAAGCGUUAAUCACAUUUACUGAUUUUAUAUUUUUACUAACUGUACUUUCAACACCUCGUCGUCAAUUUGAAAUCGCUUUCCGCAUGUUUGAUAUAAAUGGUGAUGGGGAGUUGGAUAGUGAUGAGUUCGAAGUUGUGCGAUCAGUCAUCAUGGGUACAACAUCAAUGGGUCGUCGUCAUCGUGAUCAUUCAGCAACCGGAUGCAUUUUAAGAUCGGGGAGCAACAGUGCUUUAAAACGUUACUUUUUUGGUCCGAAUGGGGAUCAGAAGUUACCAAUCAGUAAAUUUCUCAAAUUUCAUUCUGAUUUACAGGAAGAAAUUAUGCGUUUAGAAUUUGAAAGGGCUGAGCCAAAGGAUGAUAAAAUAACCGAAGUUCAGUUUGCUAAUUCAUUACUUGCCUAUGCUGGGUUCUCGGAAAACAAAAGACGUAAAAUGAUUCGUCGAGUUAAGACCAAAUUUCCACCAGAUGCCGAUGAAACUACUGGUAUUACUUAUCAAGACUUUUUUGAUUUCAGUCAGUUACUUCGAUGUAUUGCAGAUGUGGAUACUGCUUUAACUUUUUAUCACAUGGCAGGUGCAUCAAUGGACCAAGAUACUUUGAACCAUGUUGCAUUAACCGUGGCAAAUAUUCACUUGUCGCCUCAUGUAGUUGAUGUUGUUUUCACUUUAUUCGAUGAAAAUAAUGAUGGGCAACUUAGUUACAAAGAAUUUGUUGGAGUUAUGCGUCAUAGACUUUUAAGAGGGUUAGAUAAACCUAUGGAUACUGGUUUUAUUCGACUAGUUAAUGCUUUGCUUCAAUGCACAAAAGAACAGUUGCAUUUUAGCAUUACUUCCAAUCACAAAACAAUUUAA